AUGGAUGAAGUAGUCCCGAGCACAGAUAGUCCAUUGACGACUAACCCAAUAGAACCUGAAGAAGCAGAGCAGCUUUGGCGGCCUGAGACGCUGUUAGAGCAGUCGUCCCUUUAUCGCCAUAGUCCGCCCUUAGAUACUUCCAACACCUUCGGCCCCUUAGGACUAUCAUACGAGAUGAUCGCUCGCAUCAACGCUGAGCCUGACCUUCAGACAGUGCCCAUAGAGGAGGAAGAACUUUUGGUGGAGGAGUUGGGAGAGGAGGCAGCCGCUGCCGCUUCUGCUGGCGCGGGGGGUCGGUCCAGGCGGAGAGGCACUAGAGCCGGGCGGAAACAUGCGCCAGGGAAGGAGAAUGCCCUGUAUUCGCAAGCCUGCAACAAUAUAUAA